UGACUGAGUGCAGUAAAAUCUGAAGUUGGCGAUGUCUCACAUGGAGUCAUGGAGAACCGAUGAUGCAGUGCGCCUUUUUGAGGACACACCAAAGAAAUGUUGAGUUUAAUAAGCUUCUUGGGUUCCCAAUAUACUCCUAGAUAUUAUAUAAUGGCAAACACAGAUCAAAUGAGUAAUGACAAAGUCACAGAAUUUGAAUCCUCAAAGAAAAAUAAAGAAAAUAGUCAGCAUAAAAUAUACAGAAUUCCGAGAAGCAGAGAAGUUAGACAGUCAUGGUUAACAUCAAUAUGGACUACACUUGUAGCAAUUAUUUAUGCUUUUCCUUUAGUUUUUUACAUCAAUCCUAGAAUUAUUUUAUGCAAUGGACCAGGAACAUGUAUCCCGUUAUGUUUUGCUGGACUAUUACUAAAGAUUUUUACAUUUGGGAAGACACAAAUGAUAUAUGUUGAAAGUAUUUGUAGGGUUGAGACUCUAUCAUUAUCAGCUAAACUGUUGUAUUAUAUAGUGGAUCAUAUGUUUGUCCAGUGGCCUUCGUUACAGCAGCAAUAUCCAAGGACAAAAUAUAUUGGCAGAAUAGUAUAGACUGGGAAACCUUAGUAUUUUUAUUUAUUAAAAAAUGUUAAAUAAA